UGAAUUAUUUAGAAAAAAGAGUUUGAAAGCAAGAAUUUGAAGUUGUAAUGCAGAUGAGGCGCUAAUGACGACGUGUGUUUUUAACCAGGAACUAUUUCUGAUUUUCUAAGAAUGUCACUAAGUAAAAGAAGAGUUGUUCAUUUCCUGUCUGCACAGGAAGUGUGCAAUCAUUGCAAAGACGUGAUAGCGGGGUUAAAGAUUAACCAGGUUGCGAGCGGCGCUCACGUUGCAGCCGCACAUUGUCCCGCCAGACGUCCGCCAUGAGCUCCUUCCCUCAAGUCCUCCAGGAGGUUGGAGAGUUUGGCUUCUUCCAGAAGCGUCUGGUGGCCAUCUUGUGCGUCCCCAGCUUUUUCAUCGCCUUCGACAUCAUCGGCCAGGUGUUCACAGGCCUGGCCUUCCCCAACUUCUGCGACACCUCCUGGAUCCUGGAGCGAGGCGCCAACCUCAGCCUGCAGAGGCAGAAGGAGCUGAGUCUCCCUCGCCGCCCGGACGGAACUUUCCACGCCUGCUUGAUGUUCACGCCCGUGCCCUGGGACCUGGACGCCAUCGCGGAGUACGGCCUCAACCGCACCACGCCGUGCCUCAACGGCUCCACCUUCCAGGCGCCGCCGGGAGCCUCCAGCGUGGUCACUGAGUUCCAGCUGGUUUGUGACAGAAGUUCCUUCAUCGAAGCGUCCCAGUCCGUCUACAUGGCCGGACUUCUUGUGGGGGCCCUGGUGCUGGGGGCCAUGGCUGACAGGUUCGGUCGGCGUGUUGUGGUCCUGCUGGCUCAUCUUCUUCUCUUCUUGUUCGGCGUCACUUCCGCCUUUUCCCCAAAUAUUUAUUUUUACAUCACACUCAAAUUCCUGUGUGGAUUUUCUCUGUCGGGAAUUAUCGCCAACGCGUUUGUGAUCGGUGGAGAGUGGUGUGAGUCGUCCAAGUUCGCCACGUGCACCAUCGUCAGCCAUUCCUUCACUGCGGUGGGCUUGAUGCUGCUGUCAGGUCUUGCUUACCUCAUCCCCCACUGGAGGGUCCUGCAACUUGUCCUCUACUCGCCUCUUCUGCUGCUGCUGAUCCUUCUCUACUGGUUUCUGCCAGAAUCUGCUCGCUGGCUCCUUACCCAAGGUAGGAAGGAGGAAGCCGUGAAGGAAGUGAGGAGAGCAGCGAAGGUCAACGGGAGGACCAUCUCACAACAUCUGCUGGACAAGAAAAAAUUGAUACUACUUUUAAUUGCUUAUUUUGGAGUAAAAAAAAAAAAAAGUCGAAAAUAUUCAGUGACGGCGCCCUCUGCUGGCCAGCGUGUUCAACGCGCUUGUGAGCAGCCUGAAACGCCCUCAAAUGACGUCAUUCCUCCAACUUCUUGUUGGUCCUCAGAUCUCCCCGCCGUGGCCACGUCCAUCGCCGUCAUCGGCAAGUUCGCCGCCACCGCCUGCUUCUCCAUCGUCUUCGUCUACACGGCGGAACUUUACCCCACCACGCUCAGGCAGAACGGCGUGGGCCUCAACUCCAUGUGCGCGCGCAUCGGAGGCGUCCUGGCGCCGCUGAUCCGACUGCUCCACGCCUACCAUGACGUCAUCCCCAUGUCCUUAUAUGGCGCGGUGCCCGUCAGCGCCGGCCUCCUGUGUUUGCUGCUUCCGGAGACGCGCGGCGCGGAGCUGCAGGAUCACGCCGACAUGACGCAAGACGGCGCCGGAAGCAGCAGCGGCCGCGAGGAGGACGGAGAAAAGGACACGCCCUUCUAGCGGGGAUGCGCUGUUACCAUGGCAACGGCCGCUCGCCAACACGGAAGAACGCGUCAAAUCCUCCAGAUAUUUCUCCCUUUUUGGACUUUUUAAAACAUGUUUUAUUUCUUUAGUAUUAUUUGUCACCGUCUUUUGAAAAGGAACACGUCGUUUUAUGAUGUUUACUCGUUCUGUACUCCUGUUUACAACCAAGUUAAAACAGUGCAAUAAUCGUUCAAGUGAGUGCUUUUAAAUCAAAGUCAACAACAAAAGAUCCAACGUUUAUUUUUUAAUUGGACAGAAAACAACAAGUCAUUUAAUUACAUGUUAAAUGUUGUAUUAUUUGUAUGAACCUGAUAGCAAUGGCUUGGUUAAAAAAAUUUAAAAAAAAAGAUUUUUACUUUAAAUGCGUUACUAUCAUUUCAAAAUAGGCAAAAAAAUGUUUUAAAAUUUAAAAAAAAAGGAGAAAAAAUCUCUAAAUGGGAAAUAUUUUUACUUUUUAAUCUAAAUUAUUUUAAAUGCAUUACUAUCAUUUUAAAAUAGGCCCCAAAAAAUAAAUUAAAAACAUUUUUUUUUUAAUUUAAAAAAGGAAAAAGUACAUAUAGGGCAAAAGAUUUUACUUUUUAAAGCAUUACUAUCAUUUCAAAAUAGGCAAAAAAGAUUAAUUAUUGGAAAGAUUAUGGGAAAGAUUUUUAUUUUUUAAUCUGAAUUAUUUUAAAAGCAUUACAAUCAUUUCAAAACAGGGGGAAAAAAAUAAACAAUUUUUUUUAAUAAGAAAAGGGAAAAAUAUAUACAUGGAAAAGAUUUUUACUUUUAAUCUAAAUUAUUUUAAAUGCAUUACUAUCAUUUCAAAAAUAUUAUUUAAUUAAAAAAGGGGAACAAAUUAUGUAUGGGAAGAUGUUUACUUUUUAAUGUAAAUUAUUUUAAAUGCAUUAUUGUCAUUUCAAAAUAGGCAAAAAAAAACAUAAAACAAAAUUAAAAAAGGAAAUAAAAAUUAAAUAUGGCAAACAUUUUUAUUUUUUUAGCUAAAAUAUUUAAAUGCAUUUCUAUCAUUUCAAAAUAGGCAAAAAACAAAACAAAAUUAAAAAAGGAAAAAAAAUUCAAAUAUGGGAAAGAUUUUUAUUUUUCAAACUAAUUAUUCUAAAUGCAUUACUAUCAUUUCAAAAUAGGCAAGAAAACAAAAACAAAAUAACAAAAAUUAAAAAGGGAAAAAAAUAUAUGGUAAAGUUAUCCAUCCAUCCAUCCAUUUCCUACCGCUUAUUUUUUAAUCUAAAUUAUUUCAAAUGCUUUACUAUCAUUUCAAAAUAGGCAAAAUAAAUAUAUAUAUUUUUUUAAUUAAAGAAAUGAAAAAAAUACAUGUAUGAGAAAUAUUUUUACUUUUUAAUCUCAAUUAUUUUAAAUGCAUUACUAUCAUUUCAAAAUGGGCUAAAAAAAUUAAAAAAAUUCAAUUAAAAAAAAAGGAAAAAAAAGUAUAUAUUGGAAAGAUUUUUACUUUUAAUCUAAACUUUUGUAAAUGCAUUACUAUCAUUUCAAAAUAGGGCAAAAAAAUAACAUAUAUUUUAAAUUAAAAAAAGGAAAACAUAUUAUAUAUGGGAAAGAUUUUUACUUUUAAUCUAAAUUAUUUAAAAUUCAUUACUAUCAUUUCAAAAUGGGCAAAAAAAAAAAAAGAAAAUUCAAUUAAAAAAAGGGAAAAAAAAGUAUAUAUUGGAAAGAUUUUUACUUUUAAUCUAAAUUUUUGUAAAUGCAUUACUAUCAUUUUAAAAUAGGCAAAAAAAAUAACAUAUUUUUUUAAUUAAAAAAAGGAAAACAUAUUAUACAUGGUAAAGAUUUUUACUUUUAAUCAAAAUUAUUUUAAAUGCAUUACUAUCAUUUCAAAAUAGCCCCCCAAAAAAAAUAACAAAAAGAAAAAGAAAAAUUGAAAAAGAAAAAAAUACAUUAUAUAUGGGAAAUGUUUUAACUUUUUUAUCUACAUUAUUUAAAAUGCAUUAAUAUCAUUUCAAAAUAGCCCAAAAAAUAACAAAAAGAAAAAGAAAAAUUGAAAAAGAAAAAAAUAAAUUAUAUUUGGGAAAUGUUUUAACUUUUUAAUCUACAUUAUUUAAAAUGCAUUACUAUCAUUUAAAAAUGGGCAACAACAAAAAAAAAUUCAAUUAAAAAAAGGAAAUAAAAGUAUAUAUUGGAAAGAUUUUUACUUUUAAUCUAAACUUUUGUAAAUGCAUUACUAUCAUUUUAAAAUAGGCAAAAAAAUAACACAUUUUUUUAAAUUAAAAAAAGGAAAACAUAUUAUAUAUGGCAAAGAUUUUUACUUUUAAUCUAAAUUAUUUAAAAUGCAUUACUAUCAUUUCAAAAUAGCCCAAAAAAAAUAACAAAAAGAAAAAGAAAAAUUGAAAAAGAAAAAAAUACAUUAUAUAUGGGAAAUGUUUUAACUUUUUUAUCUACAUUAUUUAAAAUGCAUUACUAUCAUUUCAAAAUGGGCAAAAAAAAAAAAAAAUUCAAUUAAAAAAAGGAAAUAAAAGUAUAGAUUGGAAAGAUUUUUACUUUUAAUCUAAAUUUUUGUAAAUGCAUUACUAUCAUUUUAAAAUAGGCAAAAAAAUAACGUAUUUUUUUAAAUUAAAAAAAGGAAAACAUAUUAUAUAUGGUAAAGAUUUUUACUUUUAAUCUAAAUUAUUUCAAAUGCAUUACUAUCAUUUCAAAAUAGCCCAAAAAAAAAUAACAAAAAGAAAAAGAAAAAUUGAAAAAGAAAAAAAUAAAUUAUAUAUGGGAAAUGUUUUAACUUUUUAAUCUAAAUUAUUUAAAAUGCAUUACUAUCAUUUCAAAAUGGGCAACAACAAAAAAAAAUUCAAUUAAAAAAAGGAAAUAAAAGUAUAUAUUGGAAAGAUUUUUACUUUUAAUCUAAACUUUUGUAAAUGCAUUACUAUCAUUUUAAAAUAGGCAAAAAGCCAUAUUUUUUUAAAUUAAAAAAAGGAAAACAUAUUAUAUAUGGCAAAGAUUUUUACUUUUAAUUUAAAUUAUUUAAAAUGCAUUACUAUCAUUUCAAAAUAGCCCAAAAAAAUAACAAAAAGAAAAAGAAAAAUUGAAAAAGAAAAAAAUAAAUUAUAUAUGGGAAAUGUUUUAACUUUUUAAUCUAAAUUAUUUAAAAUCCAUUACUAUCAUUUCAAAAUAGGCCCCCGAAAAAAAAAAAUUUUAAUUCACAAAUUUCAAUCAUAAAAAAAAACAUUUUGAAUGCAAUUUUGUACUCUUGAUGCUUCUUGGUGGCCUUUUUAGUCCCCUGAAAAGAAGGGAAAAAAGGGAUUAAAAAUAUUAAAUGUG